UAAUGUGUCACAGCUAUGAGUGCUAUUAAGGAGUUCUUUAAGGAGGAGUGCCAACUCCAUAUGGUUGGUUUAGAAUACCAAAAACCUUCUCAUUUUUUUCUAAGCGCUUGGCAAAAUACGCGAUCACCAGUCCCACUUUUAAUAUGGAGAGUUCUGCUGUUCUUGACUUCUAUAGGCAUCGUCCUUACUUCGUUUAUAACGUACGUUUUAAGUCCCAUUUACAUAGGAUUCUGGUUCAUAUAUCUGACUCACUGGGGACUAGUUAUGAUGGUACUCGCAACUGGAUUUGGAGUAGGAAUCUCAGCUCGGUGUUAUUUUUAUGGGCCAAUUGGAACUCAAUUCUCGCUGCCGUGGUAUGUAAAAACCUACUGGGUUUUAUAUAACGUCUCAAUACCGCUGGCAUUUCUCAUCACUGUUUUUUACUGGACCUUACUAUAUGAAGAGGGUGUAGAAGAGGAAGUGAGUCCAGGUCUCGACAUAGCCAUACAUGGAAUUAACUCCCUAAUAAUGUUUCUUUUUCUACUCGGCUCGUCACACAAAACUCGAAUUGUACAUGUAGUGCAUCCCAUCAUCUUCUCCUGCAUAUACGUAGUCUUUAAUCUCAUAUACUACAUCGCUAAUGGAACUAAUCCGUUAGGUGACCCAUACAUAUAUCCCGUGGUAUAUUGGGGCAACCCUGGGAUUGCGAUACUAGUGAUAUUUAUAACACUCUUACUGCUAAUAAGCUUGCACUUCGUUACUAUUGGAUUGGCGGCAGCACGAGACGCCAUUGCUAACAAGAUUUUGCGACCUUCAGUUACAGUCCACGCUCAGGAGGACAUUGGGUUGAGGACCAGAGGAGAAUCGACAGUUUAAUCUGUUCUGCUAUGCUACGUCCGCUUUUAGUCGCAUUUUAUCUUUGCACAGAUUUAAUAAAUAAUGAAAAAUGUCUAGAAAAACAUGCAGGGAUACUCCUAAAGAUAAGAUAAGAUAUGGAUCAGAUUUUUAGUUUGCUACAAUAUCAUAUAAGCAGUUCUUCAAUAAGUUUAAUGAUGAGUCAAUUAUAUGUGUAACUGAAUAACAGUAGUAGUACAAAUGUUCCCAUCGAUUAUGUCACGAAUGUUAACUAUAUUAGUAGAUUUUAGAAUUUGAAUAAAAUAUUAUUUAUUA